CACUUGACACCUUAAUUUCUCUUGUAAUAAAAGCAAUAAUGAGAAGUGCAUGUCAAAUGAUAUUCAUAUUCACUGGUAGAGUGUAUUUUUAUAUGUAGAUUUUUAUUAAUUUAUUUUUUAAAGUGAGUGCUUUGAUUAUUAUUUUGAUAAAAGCACCAAUGCCAGAAACUUAUUUUGAACAUUUUUAACAAUACCCAUCAGCAUGUUAGUUUUUUUUUUUUUUUUUUUUUAAAGAAUUUUACUUUCUUAUCCUACCCUUCUAGAUCAUUAUAAACAUCAUUCAUUGGUAAAUAUCUGGAGCUUGUCUGUAUUCUUAGUUGUUAUUGUCCAAGUCUUUGUGCCAAAGAACUGCUUUCAGAUUUUAUUGUGUAGGGACAGCCUUGUAUUACUACUGUCUUCAUUUUAAAGGAUAAAUAAACAUAUAGUAACAACUAUUUCAAGUAUAGCGCAGCACAUGGAUUAGGUAAUAAAAUAUCUGUCGACAAUACUUAGCGCCAAAAUGACUACUGCAUCAAAAAGCCUUGUUUUAAGGAUACUAUUAGUUUAAUGUGGUCUGUCUAUCAUAUGUAGGUCUUAAAAUUUGAAAAGCUAUUGAAAAUCCCAUUUCAUGAUAUUUUGCAAAGGCUACAUUUUCUGUUCUGAAAGCAAGCGCACCAUUUUGUUUUCAAAAUUAUGUAUUGUUGUCAUUCUGCAUGCACAAGGCGCAACAGUGCACUAUUAGAUCACUGUAUAUGAACUGGAGCAACUGGAAUUCCAUCUAAGUGGAAAAGGAAGAAUAUAAUAUUUUAGACGAGAACUUGGGUUGAUCCCCCUAGAGUAAUGGUUCAGCAAGGUUCUUUGUGUGGGUUGUCUAGUCAGGAAGUUUUUGCCUAGGAAAACUGUGGUAAGGGUGUUCUAGUGAGUGGAUGACAUUCCUGUUGGUUUGUUAUUGGAAAGUGAAGACAGAGGCGGCGACAGUGAACCCUGCAGGAAAGAGUUUGAAGAUCUAAAAACCAGAAUUGACAUUUAUGUUCAUUGUCAAAGAGCAAAACAAACAAUGUGAACAUUUGAGCGACUCUGACAGCACUGAAAUAGAUCUAGACAGUUCAAUUUUCCUGCAGGAAGACGUGGGAUUGCAGCCAAUAGACCAUGAACAACCAAGCAGCCAUUCCGUAAAAAAGGUUCAAGACCAGAAAAACAAGCGGUACUUAGAAAAAGCUCAAGCUAGGAGUGAAGAGAACUUGAGAAACACAAGCAAUGAAGUUAGUAACAUAAAGUCAAGGUUGAUAGAUGUGGAGCAUGAAAAAAUCAUGCUAGUGAAACAGCUGACACAAUUUAGAUCAAAAUACAAAUACAUAACCAGACAGAAUGACAAAGAAAUCCAGAGACUCAAAAGUGAACUGGAGCGCCAAUAUGAAAAAGAGUGAGUUUUCACAGCAUGACAGUUUUUUCUUAGAAGACUUUUCUCAGUGUCAACUUUGUAUUGUGGCUUUCUUCAAUUGUCUUUCAUAAAAAUCAGUGAAUUCUGUUAAUUCUAGAUUUGAGAUUUGAAAUUUUGUAACUUAAUACUGUGAUUAAAUACUGAAUUGUACCUCACCCUUGUUGCUUUUAUCUGUACAGCCAAUGAUUAUGAAUGUUAAGAAUUCCAGUUUUUUCAAAUUAUGAAUUGGGUACAGGCUGAGAAUAUUAUUUGAAUUAUGGCUUUAAAAACAAAAUAGUUUAAUUUUUAUUAUAACAAAAUGAGUUUGAUUAUUGAUUGCACUAAAGUUUUCAACUAAAAUAAAGUAGUCAUAAACUAAAAUUUUAUCAUGAAUUUCAAAAUAUAGUUAACCAAACAAACUUUUCAUAACUUUUGUAUUGCAAAGGGGGGGGGGGUGAAUUUGACCUAAAUAGGCCUAGAUGUAAUCAUUCAACUGUAUGCCUACAGUUCAAUCUUAUUCUUUUAACUUUGUACAAAUAUUUAUCCAUAAUAAAAUCAGUAAUAAGGAAAAUGUUUCUUACAUAAACAUUAAUGCACAAUAAAAUAAUGUUUAAAAUGCUAGCACAAUACAAAUGUCUAGAAUAAAAACAUAAAGCCUGGAAGCUCAAAAUUGGAACCAAUGAAAUCUGCCCGUGUGGAGUGUCACCAGAUAAUGCCGACCAUGUCCUCCAAAACUGCUCUCUUUACCAAGAGGCCCGUACUAGACACUGGCCCCAAAACACCUCAAUAGAAAGAAAACUAUAUGGAGAGCUCCCUGAUUUGGAAGCCACUGAGCAGAGCUCCCUGAUUUGGAAACCACUGCGCAGUUCAUCUCAUGUAUUGGUCUAGUCAUCUGAACACUUUAACAUAAAAUGAGAACGAAGAAGAAGUAUAGAACUUACUGAUAACAUUUGUGUUAGUGGAGCCAGGAGAACCUACCCAUAGCUUUUGUGGAGAUAUCUACCUUCUACAAGUUUCAUUACAGAUCUACUUGAUAAGACCAUAUACACUAUAAACACUUAUGUACGUGAUUCAAUGUAGUUAAGACUGCCCAAAUUAUGCUUGUCGCAGUUAGUAAUGUUGUUGAGUAUAUUUGUAAAAAUGUACACUAUCAAAUAGCGCCACUUUCUUCUGUAGGCGAUGACGUCAUUCAUGGUAUUAAUAUUUUGUGCAACAUUUUAUUCCUUGUCCCAUUGUCAUGAGUGACAUAAUUUAUCAGCUCUUAUUUUGGGGGCAUUUUCGCCUUAUUGUAAUUGAUAGACAAGAUGUACUUUUUGAGGUCCUGAAUGAAUCUUGGUUUUAUACUACUGGUCAGCAUUACCAUAUUGCCUUGGAUUAAUUCUUGUUAGGACUAUUUGACCUCUGUUUAGGGUGAGUUGUAUUUUAUACUCUAACGAUAUUCUUUAAACGGAUUCGUUCGUAUUUCUAGUUUUAGAGAUUGUCUGUUAUUUUUAUAGGGUUUCAGUUAAUUAUUUCAUUGUUGAUUCAAUGCUGUGGGUUUUUGGUAUUACCCUGGACAUUGUCGUCGUCAUCUUUGUAUUGUUGGUCAGAAGUUAAUGACAGUUCUAGUAUGCUGCUAUCAUGAUUGAUGUCCGUUGGCAGUUUAUACAGAACUUAUUACAGAGACGAAUCUUUGGCAUACGAUAUGAAACUGUGAUGUUGAAGUCAGUGUUUUCAAGCAACAUAUUGGUGCUUACUUUAUUUAUGCUUUUUUAAGUUAUUACUUACAAUGAAUUUAUGACUUUUUAUCUUUAUAUUUAUUUGUGAAAAAUUAUCAUUCACAUUAUUCCUUUCGAUAUUAUUGUAUAAAUAUUAUUCUAUUAAAUUCAUAUUUUAUUUUAACUUA